AUGACACUUACAAGAUGGACAGGGCCUCCAAGAAUAAUUUAUGAAAACCUAAUAUAUAGUCUUAAAAUAGAAUGUGGCCCUAAAUACCCAGAAGCACCCCUCUUUGUAAGAUUUCUAACAAAAAUUAAUAUGAAUAAGGUUAAUAGUUAUAAUGGAGUGGUGGACCCAAGAGCCAAAUCGGUGUUAGCAAAAUGGCAGAAUUCACAUGGCAUUAAAGUUGUCCUGAAGGAGCUUCAGUGCCUAAUGAUCUAA